AUGGUUGCAGUUGCUGCCGGUGGUGGCCUGCUGUGGCGUCGAACAGAUGCGAAAGAGGCAUCAAAUUUCUUGCCAAAUUUACAGGUGGACUCCGCGACAUCCUCGUUUCAAACUCGAUUUAGUGCUGCGAUUGCCACCUCUGCUGUAGACAGUGUUGCAAAGUCGAUUUCUAGUGCGCUCGGAGCCGUUCAAGAUGGCAUGAGAGCACAGAUUGAGAAACCUUUUGUGGGUGACUUCUUGCAGCAGAAUCCAUUGUUAGCUGAUGAGAGCUUUGGGGAGCCAGCGGUGGAGACACAUGGGAGUGAUGAGCACCUGCUGAAGUAUGGAGGUCGCCUUUUGGGCGGUUCCACAGCACAAGAUGGUGACAGGAUGAAGAAAGCUGCUGCAGCGCAGGAGACAUUGGUGCGACAAGCAACAAUCCUCGACGGCUGCCUGGACGGGGGACAGUAUUUGCCUGUCUUCUACAUGCUAAAAGAUGAAAUGGUCCUGAGCCCUGUGGACAUUUCCCUCACGCUUGGCUUCACUGCCACACCGUUUAUCUUCAAGCCUGGCCUGGCUGUGGCCAGUGACCGGAUGCCAAUCUUCGGCCGAAAGAGAACUCCUUAUUUGGUCUACACCUCAGAGAUGCGCUGA